AUGGCAAAGAAGAAGAAAUCGGCGGAGAAUGGGAGCCGCGGCGCCGGUGCUGGCGCGGCGCCCACCCCGCUCAGCGAGCACGCAGCCUUCUUCGACAUGCUCGUCGAAUUGAUACCGGCGCGGUACAUCAGCGACCACACGGACCGCGUCGACCUGCGGCACCUCAAGAAGUCUGAGCGGCGCGCUCUCAAGAAGGAGGCGCGCCGGGCAGGCGCGGACAGCAAGCGGCAGCGGCUGGACCCCGACGCGACGGAGGAGCGCAUCGCGCGGCAGCAGCAGAAGCAGUUUGAGCGCGGCAUCGGCGUCUCGCUCGUCGUCGGCGGCCCGCAGCUGUCGCGCGAGGAGCUGCAGGCGCGCCUGCAACAGCGCGUGGAGGAGAUUCGGGCGCAACAGCGGCAGGCGUCGAAGGACGGGAUCAAGCGGCUGGCGGCGCUGUCGCCCGCGGACAGGGCGCGCGAGUGGCGGGAGCGGCAGCUCGCGCGCGCGGGGGCCCGCGCGGCGGCGGGCGCGGAGGAGGGGGGGGUGUCGGAUCCCGGGAGCGAUAGCGCGGGGGGGGGUGGGAGCGAGGGGGCGGGGGCGGGGGACGCCGCGGAGGAGGAGGAGCUGGCGUUCGGGCGCGUGGAGGGCGGGGAGGGCGCGGGGGCCAAGCGCAAGCGCGUCAGCAAGGCUGCCGCGUUAAGCAAGGCGGAGGCGAAGCGGGCGAAGCUGCAGGAGCUCGAGGGAACGGAGGAGGGGGCUGCGCUGCGGCGGCAGCAGGCGCUGCAGGCGGCCAUGGCGCGCGUCAAGGGAGAGCGCGUGCUCGACGACCCGAAGCUGAUUCGCAAGGCGCUGAAGCGGGAGCAGAAGCAGAAGCAGAAGUCGGCCAAGGCGUGGGCGGAGCGCAACAAGGCGGCGGAGGCGGCCCGGAAGGAGCAGCAGCAGAAGCGCAGCGACAACCUCACGGCGCGCAAAAAGGCCAAGGCCGAGCGGCGCAUCGCGAAGCGCGAGAAGAAGCUCAUGCGCCCGGGCUUCGAGGGCCGCAGGGGGUCGACUGUGAACUGA